AUGAACACGGUGAAGCAGUUUUUGGCCGACCAUUUGAACAGGAACAUGUCGCCAAGGACUACGGUGGCGAUAAUUUCUGUGAUAAGCUUGGCGGCAAGCUUGGCCGACUUCUUCACCGACUGCGAGGACGAUGACCCAGACGAGCGAUGCGUGUGCAGGUCGCCGAGAAAGUUGUGCUUGGUGCAGGACAACGUGAAAUGCAUGCGCGCACUGCUCCUCAAGUUGUUCCAAGUUGCCAAUUUGGUGCUGCUGUUGGGCUGUCUCUUUGAGAACGCAAACAUGAUGCAGCUUUACAUUUGGUACACCCUCAGUUUCGUCGUGUUUGGAUUCGUUGUGACAAUCGUCGAGUUCUUGUGCCAUAUUAGACGCGAACAAAUGUGGACGUUCAUGACCUUCGCGGCGGACGUCAUGUAUUUAUUCGGCUAUCCGGGCACGAAGAGAUCGCAUGACCAGGUUAUA